GGCGGAGGAGCUGAUCCAACACUGCACAACACAGGUCACACACGCACACACACACACACACACACGCACACACACACACACCUGAUGGAGGAGGAGCAGGCGGAGGAGCUGAUCCAACACUGCACAACACAGAAGGCGCAUGAGGUGCGUGUAUGGCUGGAGCAGCUGCAGCGGGUGGAGCAGGAGCGUCUGCGCAGGCGUCUGCAGCUCCGGCAUCAGCGUGCAUCUGCACACACUCUCAGACUGCAGGCGCUGCAGCGGCGGGACGAGCUGCACAGGAUCUGGGUGGAGGAGCUGGAGGAGGCCAGGCGGAGCGGAGAGGUGGAGGAGAGCUCCGCCCACCAGCUGCUGCUGCAGUACUACACCUGCCAGGAUACUCUGGAGGAGGUGCUUGAUCUCCUUCUGGCCAAUCAGAGAGCUCAGCUGGCUGAGAGACACGCCCACCGCCGCUUCCUGCUGCAGAGUUUACAGAGUCUACAGAGUGUGACGAGCGACGCCUUCAGCAGCAGCGCAACACACACACGCGCACUGACGACACGCACACAAGGUGUCCCUCCACAGUGUUCUGAUGUGCAUUUGGAGAUUCUGCGCAUCAAACAGGAUCUAGAGGAGUGUGUGAGGCGUGAGCGCAGAGCCAUCCGCUGUGACAUCAUCAAGAGGAGACGACAGAUGCUGUCAGAGAAGGUGUGUGAGCACAGGCGUCAGCAGCAGCAGGUGUUCAGCAGCUCCUCUCAGCUGUCCCUCCAGCAGUUCCUCCAUGAUUACACUGAUCUGCUGAUCCAGCACAGCAGCGAGCGCUCACAGCUCCUCACACAGCUGGACGAGGAGACGGCGGCACGCGUGCGCAAGCUGAGUCUGUGUGCUCUGCAGCGGGCAUUGGUGCAGCUGAAGGCGUGUGUGUCUGCAGUGUGUCCCGCAGCGGUGUGUGUGCUGCCGCAGGUGCAGCUGAUGCAGGAGUGUGUGCAGUGCGUGUGUGAGGCUGCUGCGCGGGAGCUUCAGUGCGCUGUGGGCCGCAUCCGCCUGCAGCAUCAGCAGGAGCUGCAGCAGCAGCGCAGCAGCAGACGCUCGUUCAGAGAAUACUGCAGCUGUCUGUGUGUGUGUGUGCCGUCUCUCUCCCCUGAGCAGCGUCUGCGUCUGCAUCUGGAGUGUGUGAAAGCUGCGUGUCGUCUGGAUCGAUGUUUGGCGCUGCAUCACACCAUCUCUGAGUCGUCACGGCAACAACAUGCCACAGACCCCAGUGACCCCGCCGUGACCCCUGAGGUCAGCAGUGGGGCGCCAGCGGUCACAGAGCUGCAGGUGUUCAAGCAGCGCAUUCAGGAGAGACUGCGACACAGCGGCGGGCAGAGCCGCACACUGCAGCAGGAGGCGUCUGAGCUCCGGCAGCAGCAGAGUGUGUGUGAGGAGCGUCUGGCGGUGUGUGUGUCGGCGCUGCAGUGGGAGCAGGCGGAGGCCACAGCGAGACUGACGGAGACGCAUUCAACACUGCUGAAGCUGCAGACACUGCUGACAGCACACACACAGGACACCGCACUCACACACACACUGCAUACACACCGCAUGGCGCUGGAGGAGGCAGAGCUCCGGCUGCAGCAGGAGGAGGUGCAGUGGGCGGAGUCAGCAGAAGGGCGGGGCUGCUGUGAUGAGGAAGCGGAGCAGGAGGGCGUGUUUAUGGUAAACGGGGACAGCAGUGUGUCUGUGCUCCUGCAGGAGGCGCUGUGGAAGAGGCAGCAGCUGCAGCGCUGGACACACAGGAAUCAGACUCUGCACCAGGAGCAGCGGCUGCAGGUGAACAGACUGCAGGUGUACUGUGAACAGGAUCUGGCGUUUACAGCAGCACUGGUCCGGCAGUCUCUGAUAUCUGUUCCUGAUCUCCAUGAAGUCCUGCGUCUCCUGCUGCCUACAGGACCUGAAGGAGAGCUGCUGUCACUCAUAGAUGCUCUUGGACCCAGAGAAGAGGAGGCAUCAGGCCGCUGCAGGGCUCUGGCACAGACACUGAAGAGGGACAUGUUGAGCAGAACCGCGCAGCACACACACCGAGAGACGCAGCGGCUGAUGAAGAAGCGUCAGCAGUGUCUGGAUGCGCUGCUGUCUGCAAACACUCCUGAGGAUCAGCAGAGAAGACGACGACACACCCGAGACCAGCCUGAGGCGGAGCUCGCGAGGACACAUGAUAAUGAGGGGGCGUGGCCUAUAGAUGUGCCUCAGGGAAGAAUUGACUCUACAAGGACAAAUGAAAAUGAGGGGGCGUGGCCUGUGACUCAAGGCAGUAUUGACUCUACGAGGACACAUGAUAUUGAGGGGGUGUGGCCUGUGGGUGUGGCUCAGGGCAGUAUUGACUCGUCUGAGCGGCUGUUUGUUUUCCGCUGUGCUCCGCCCACAGCGCAGCAGAACACACACACACACACACGCAAGAAGAAACGCAGCUUCCUGAACUUUAAGAAGAGCAGCGUGGCUCCGCAACCACACACGUGACAGGCUGUGCACCCCGAUGCAUGAUGGGAAGGCAUGCCUAUUACUCGUGUUCAAUGCGGUACAUAUUGCUGCAAGAGGAAGAGUGAUUUGGACGUUUCCUCUGUGUGUGUGUGUGUGUGUGUGUGUGUGUGUGUGUACGUGUACAUCUGUUUAUGAGGGCCAGUUUGAAUGUUCUAGUGUCCUCAUAAAGACAGCUGCGCGCACACACACACACACACACACACACACCUGUGUUGUUUCAAUACAGUUCUUCCUCCUCCAGUGUACGUUCAAUACUCAUGUCAGCUGAUUACCUGAGUGAAUUAAACCUGCAGCUUAUACUGAA